GAUUGCCAGGAGGUUCUGAACCGAGGCCAGUCUCGGGGAGAUGGUAUGUACUGGUUAGAUCCAGAUGGUGGAAGCGAUUCAAAUGCGUUUUUGGCUUACUGUGACAUGACGUCAUACAAUGGAGGAUGGACCAUGUGAUACACUACUGAUGAAUACGCCAAACCCAGGACUGAAGUCACCUACAAUCCUAAGUUUCUUUAUGGAAAUGACGGUUACAGAACAAACUGCAACAACAUUAAAGUAAGUUGAUUGACUUGAUUUUCAGCAACUGCUUUACUUUGAAGGAAAUGUUGACAAAGUUUCGUUCAGCAUAAAAGUCCUUUCCAAACUGGGCGGAGGUUUUUUGGAAGGCUGAUAACAGCUCACCAGUAGAAUGCUCUAAAGGAUUUGUUAUAUUAAGGUCACACAACAAGGAAAGAAAAAUACAGAAACAAAGAUCGAGCAAUUUCGUGCGGUUUUGCAUAUUAGAAAAUCACUUUGAUGAAAAUCAACCACAAGGAUCCAAGAAAGAAUUCUGACUCUAGGUGGGACUCGAACCCACGAUUCUCCACUUAUUUCUAGGUUUGCAGGCAGCAGCACAAAUUGCAGUUUUACGUAGGUUGCGAAAAAUCGCGAGUCUGACUAUUUUUCGCGUUAGUUGCGAUUUUUGGCAGUUCAUUGUCACGUUAAUGAUCAUACUUGCGGCUGCGUGGUGAGCUGGGGUAUUUCUAGUAGCUCAGUGGUUGAGCAUCAAACUGGAGAGCGGAGAGUCACGGGUUCGGGUCUCCCACCUGGAAGACAAAAUUUCUUUGUUGCUUUCUUGUCGAUGAUUUUUACCUAAGUGAUUUCUAUUUUAUUAUUAUAUUUUCAAGCAGUAUGGUUUUGUUUUUAUUCAUCACCCAGGGCAGACUAAAUUUGGAGAUGUAACAUUUAACAUAUUUGAUUACGAUAUUGCUGUUUACGCUUUUGCUGUUUUUCGUUUUAAGUUGUAAACGAUGAUACAUUCUAAAUUUCUAGUUAAAAAGAAUUCAGUUGCUUGAAUUAUCAAGGUUUUCCAUAAUUUCAGGCCCUGACGUGUACACCACCCGACAGUUAUCAUUUCUGAGGCACCAACACACCAUUUGCUUCCAUUUGAUCGGGUCCAAUAAAUAACAACAGUUGUUUUGCUUUUUCCUUUGCUUCAGUUCACCGAGAUUAUUUUCGUUGAUCACCAAACUGGAGAUAAGGCUCACUUCAAACGGAAAACUAACUUGCCCAUCAAAGCUGUUGGUAACUAUGGGAAGCAAGCUAGUGCUUAUGGAUUGUGGGAAGGCUUUGGAUCCAUGAAUAGUGGUUACUCGUACCAGCUGUUGAUCUGUGAUCAUUCUUUUUACACCGGGUUUUUUGUUUCCGGAUACACCAACUGUUACAAGCAGUGUAACGACUGGUGUGGUGAUUUCAAAUCGCCUUAUUUCCGCACAGCUUCUACAAAUAGCGGCUAUAAGGGUGUGGCCUUCAAUACCAAUGGUCACCGAUCCGUCAGCACACGGUUGAUGAGUGUCGGUCUGCGUUAG